GGAUGGAAGGCAUGACUGAUGGACUCGUGUCCUCACGUUGCUCGCAAUCUCCAUCUCCAUCGCCUCCGGGGAUACACAAAUAUUUCCUACUGCAAUUUGUGACUCGCGACAGUUCUGCACACUCUCCCGCAAAAAUGUCUGCUGCUACACCCGCUCGGAGCGGCCAGGAUCAAGUGUCGAGAGAUCCAUUAGCGCCAGCUUUCGACCCGACACAGCUCAAGGUGCCUCAACUGCGCAGUCUGCUAUUGGAGCACGGGAUCAGUCUACCAGGAACACCUCGCAAGCAGGUCCUACUGGAUGCGUUUGACGAGCACGUGCGCCCCCAGUUGGAUCGACUGAGGGCGGAGAGAGCCAACGUCAGAGCGGAUGGCCGAGGCAUCCACCCCUUGGGCGCAUCCAGCCAAGCUUCCAGGAUCGCCAGCUCGUCUCGGAGCAGGCGAAAGGUUGAGCGGCAGACGAGUGAAUCGGAAGAGUCUGGCGAGCGCGCGGGCGAGGAGGAGGAGGAGGAGGAGGCUGACCGGCGCGGUGAAGGACAUCGAGAUGCGGUCGACGAUGCGGACUCCUCCUUCAGCGAUAGGAAUUUCUUCCAGCAGAGGACUCCACCGGUCCAUUCUGUGCAGCAUGAAGAAUCACACACGAAGCCUUCACAUCGCGCUGGACGUCAGUCUGCGCCGUCCUCUUCCUCUGUCACCUCUUCUGCACAGCGUCUGAUUCCGAGGGCGCGUGCAUCCAUUGCGGGCACCUUAUCCGGUACGCCCAAGCUGCCCGCAUUUCUUCAGAGCAUAUCCGAUUCCAAGACGAAGGACGCCCUCAGGGAGACCCACGAAGCAUCUCAAUCCGCCGCGCCACGUUCCGGCACAAGCAGUCGCAAAGUCGAUGGAAGCAAGCGUUCGUCUGGUCGCAAGAAACCUGGUCAAGACGGUGCCCUCGAAGCCAUCAUGAGCGGUGCCGUGAUGGUCAUGUUCAUUGCAAUAACGGCCUACUACUUGUGGUACGUUCAGCGCUCGCAUGCCGUUGGCUUCUGCGAUGCAGGAGGUCAAACAAACUCUGUCAUGCUCAAAGAGCAAGCAGACGCCACCGUCUACAUUGUAGUCGAUGGGCAGCGACGCCCAAUCGACACCAGACUGGUGCCAGCGCCCAUGAGACCAACUUGCGCGCCCUGUCCCGAUCACGCUCGAUGUUCAACCGGUGCUUUGCGGGGAUGCGGCCUCUCGGACUACAGGCCAUCGCCACCUCUACUCUCCUACAUGCCAUUCUCUCGAUGGUGGCUACCUCUGAGCUUCCAGUCGACUGCUUGUCAGCCCGAUUCGAAGAAGGCCAAGGUAGCAGUGGAGCUUGGCAGAGCUGCUGAGAGCUUGCUACGCGAAAGGCGGGGCGCUGUGCUGUGCGGCUAUCGGCCACCACAUCGCGCCACGUUGCAAGCGAGUCCAGCAAGCUUGCCACAAGGCAUCGACAAGUCACAAAUUCGCUUUGCGCUUCCCGAGCCGGAAGUGCAGAGCGCUGCAGAAAAGAAGCUCAGAACGCCCUUGCCCGAUUACGCUGAUCUGGACUGGCGUGGAAGCGCAUGGUCUCAAGCCGUCAAGCCGCUGGAGCACAACAAGAAGCUUGUGCGCAUUGGUGGCGUGGCAGGAGGUUUGAGCGAUGUUUUAGAUACAACAAAUGCACUCUUGCUCGCCACAAGCGCUCAAGUCGACUUGGGCUGCCAGGUGCGGCUACUCGGUCACAGCCUUUGGCGUGCUAUCCGUCUUUGGGUCGCUGCUGCAGUCGCGCUCGUCUCCGCGUUCUUCUGGGCGCGAUGGAAGGUAAGGUCUGCACGUCGAGAACGCGACCGUGUGCACGAGCUGGUCAAUGUGGCUUUGGAACGUCUUCAAGAUCAGGAGUACGCGCACGCGGUGGAUCCUGUUCUCACGCCCGACCCCUUUGUGCCAACAGCACAAUUGAGGGACCACGUGCUGCAAACGGAAUACUCUGCCAAGUCUCGACAAAGGCUCUGGUCCAAAGUCUCCAAGAUUGUAGAGGCCAACUCGAACUGUCGCGUCCGCCAAGCACGCAGUCGAGGGGAAAUGCAGCGGGUUUGGGAGUGGAUUGGCGUGUCUGCUGGGGCGAGUCUGAGUCGACGUCAAAGCAUGAGCUUCCGCAACUUGUCGGAUGUGGGCAACGACUCUUCGACUUCCUUUCUGGGCACACCUGGAAGCGCCAUCCGAGGCUUGUUGGGUCAGGGUCGAAGGAGCGAUGGCAAUUACGUGGAGACACCUUCGCCUUUGGCGGCCAGGUCGCGCUCCGCCUCUCGAUCUGGAUUGGAGAAUUUGGAAAGGCACAACAUUCCUGCCAACGACGCCUCUUUCAACCAGAGUCAGGCAGAAGUGUCGAUCGAUCAGGGCGCUGCUGAGCCCUCUUCCAGUGUGGUCUAAGAAUAGCUCUUCAUCGCCUGUCCACGGCCCCCGUUUGGCAGCCCUCACGCGAUCAAAUAUCUACUAUUCCUACCUUGUGAUCGUGGAUACAUAAAUAUCUCUUUGGGGCGAUGCGUGCCUGAGAAGUAGUGGCGCAUUGCACCAAAUCCAAUGCGAGGCAGCCUGGUGAAGUUUGCUCA